GCGGGGCCCGCGGGUCACUCGCAGGCCGGGGCGGCGGGCGGCAGGACGCGCUCGCGGAGGCGCGCGGCGGCGGGCGGCGGGGCGCGGGGCGCGGGGCUGAGGGGCCGGGCGGCGGCGCGCGCACCAUGCCGUCCUUCGACGAGGCGCUGCGCAGGGCCGGCGAGUUCGGGCGCUUCCAGCGGCGCGUGUUCCUCCUGCUGUGCCUGACGGGCGUCACCUUCGCCUUCCUCUUCGUCGGCGUGGUCUUCCUGGGCAGACAGCCCGACCACUACUGGUGCCGCGGGCCGAGCGCCGCCGAGCUGGCCGAGCGCUGCGGCUGGAGCCCGGAGGAGGAGUGGAACCGCACGGCGCCCGCGCCCCGCGGCCCCGCGCCCCCCGGGCGUCCCGGCGACGGCCGCUGCCAGCGCUAUCUCCUGGAGGAGGCCAACGCCAGCGCCGCCGCCGCGGGCGCGCUCAGCUGCGCCGACCCGCUCUCCGCCUUCCCCAACCGCUCGGCUCCCCUCGUGCGGUGCGGCGGCGGCUGGCGCUAUGCCCAGGCCCACGCCACCAUCGUCAGCCAGUUUGACCUCGUCUGUGUCAAUGCGUGGCUGCUGGACUUCACCCAAGCCAUCCUGAACCUUGGCUUCCUGGCGGGGGCGUUCACCUUAGGCUAUGCAGCAGACAGGUAUGGCAGAAUCGUCGUUUACUUAAUAUCCUGUCUUGGCGUUGGCGUCACUGGCAUUGUGGUGGCCUUUGCACCGAAUUUCCCUGUGUUUGUGAUCUUCCGCUUCCUGCAAGGUGUGUUUGGAAAGGGGACAUGGAUGACUUGCUACGUGAUUGUGACAGAAAUAGUAGGUUCAAAACAAAGGAGGAUUGUGGGAAUAGUGAUUCAAAUGUUCUUCACCCUUGGAAUCAUAAUUCUCCCUGGAAUUGCCUACUUUAUCCCCAAUUGGCAAGGGAUCCAGCUAGCCAUAACGCUGCCCAACUUUCUCUUCCUCCUUUAUUACUGGGUGGUUCCUGAAUCUCCCCGUUGGCUGAUUACGCGGAAGAAAGGAGAUAAAGCGUUAAAAAUUCUGAGAAGCAUUGCUAAGUGCAAUGGGAAAUACCUCUCACCAAAUUACUCAGAGAUCACUGUUACAGAUGAGGAAGUUAGUAAUCCAUCCAUUUUAGAUCUGGUGAGAACUCCCCAAAUGAGGAAGUGCACACUUAUACUCAUGUUUGCUUGGUUCACAAGUGCAGUGGUCUAUCAAGGACUCGUCAUGCGCCUGGGAAUUAUAGGAGGCAACCUCUAUAUAGACUUUUUCAUCUCGGGAGUCGUGGAACUGCCAGGAGCUCUCUUAAUCUUACUAACCAUUGAGCGUGUUGGACGACGCCUCCCUUUUGCAGCAAGCAAUAUAGUGGCUGGGGUGGCGUGCCUUGUCACUGCAUUCUUACCAGAAGGGAUACCAUGGUUGAGGACCACAGUUGCUACCCUGGGAAGACUAGGGAUAACCAUGGCCUUUGAAAUUGUUUAUUUGGUAAAUUCAGAAUUGUACCCAACAACAUUACGAAACUUUGGAGUUUCGCUGUGUUCAGGUUUGUGUGAUUUGGGGGGAAUCAUAGCCCCCUUUCUGCUCUUCCGGCUGGCAGCCGUGUGGCUGGAACUACCUCUGAUAAUCUUUGGUGUCCUGGCUUCUCUCUGUGGUGGCCUCGUGAUGCUCCUGCCUGAAACCAAGGGUAUUGCUCUGCCAGAAACCGUGGAUGAUGUAGAAAAGCUGGGCAGAAGUAGGCUAAGAGCCUCAUAAGUAAUUUCACCAGACCUUUCCAACUUUGCAAGACCAUAUUCCUAUAAAUGUGGCAGGAAAAAGAAAACCCAGGUUUCCAACUCUCACCUGUGAGGCCCCUCCCAAAGACGGAAGGAAGAAGCUGCUCGGGGCCGUCCUCCCUGCAAAGCUGCGCCUCGUGCAGGCACACGUGUCCACAGCAGCCACGUGAGGCCGCACUGUUCCAACUGUGUUUAAUACAGUAUAAAGACAUUCAAACCACCCAGAGUAUUUUUAUAUAGUGUCGAUGAGUUAGGAUUGAUAAUUCUACUGACAUUUCUGGGAACACAGAAGAUGUGGCUGGUUUAACGCAGAGCCUGGUAGGGGCCCGGUCCUUUCUAGGGUCUUUCUCGUGUUGGAGCAGUGGCCUCUGACCCAUUCAGUCACAGAAAGAUGAGAGAACAACCUCCUCCUCACCCCAAAUUCUCAUGAAAACUCCAUCAGGAAUGUAGGAUGUGCAAACCAAGGAUUUGGGAAAGAUGUACAGAAAUCUGCUCCUUGAGCCAGGAGUGGUGGCAGGCACCCGUACUCCCAGCUACUUGGGAGACUGAGGCGGGAGGAUCGCUUGAGUCCAAGAGUUUGAGGCUGCAGUGAGCUGUGAUUGUGCCAUUAUGAUUGUUCCAGCCUGGACUAUAGAAGGGGACCCUGAUGCUAAAUCAAUUAACUCAUUAAUUUCUUAAAAAGUGUUCAUCAAAUCUGAGCAAGAGACUGAGCAUUCUGAAGAUUCCAUAGAGGAUGAAGAUUUGGAAAUACGGUUAACAGAGACUGAACCUCAGGAGCUUGGGCCCCAGCGUGCUGGGCCUGUGCAUUCUCUGCCUGCCUGGAGUCCCACUAGCCCGCAGAACUGACAGCUCAAUCAUCCUCACCCAUUUCCUCUGUAGCAUCUGGGGUUCCAGGCAUGGUUUAGACUUUAUUCUCUCAAUAAGAACAAAUAUGCCAUGCAAUUUGAGGAUUUGGUUCUAUUAUUUAUAAAAUUGGGUUUGAUCCUGAGAUUAUCAUGUAUCGGGAUAUUUUUGGUACUCCCCUUAGUGGACAUCGUAAAGAUGCAAGAAUCCACUCUACUGAGCAAACCUGUGGAUCACGACUUCACAGGUCUUAGGGUUUUACAAGUAAAGGCAUAUUUAUCUCACAUUCUGAAUUCAGUUCUGAUGGCACCUGUGGUCAAGAGUGAACAUGUGGACAGUUCUCAUUCAAUCUUGGCACUUCUGUCUCUGCAAAAGGCUUAAUUUAAACAAAAGGCCAAUUAUAUCCAUGCUUUAAAGGAUUAGCAGCAGCUUUCCAGGUGAAUUUAUAGUUACUAAUAAGGGGUGUGAUCUUUCUUUUUUGUUUUCAAGACUUUUGAAAUGUGUAUAUUUGUUAUAUUUUCAGAUUCAGUAUAUAUUAUAUGCUGAAUUUUUAGGUGAAAUACUUUGUAAGAACAAGCAAAAUGGGUACCAAAGGGAAACCACGCCCCCAAUGAGGAAGAAAAUUUCUAUGUGGAGAACAAAUGACAACGUGUAUGAUGUGUGUCCUAGUUGUAAAAUAAGCUUCUUAAUCCUCAGUGCACAUCAGAAUUAAGUCUGGAUGUUUUAUCUGUCAAUGAAAUAAACACAGCUCUUUGAGGAUUUAAGGAUAUAUUCACCAUUUAUUCACAGACAUUUGCAUUUUUGCUUUUCUUUGCAUUUUUGGCUGCAAUACUAUCACCUUUGAAUUGUGACUUGAUAUUUUUGUGUGGUAGCAAUAAAAACUUUUAAAUCAUAAAAAGAAUAUUCAUUAUGUCUCUUCCUCCUAAACUAAUUUAGCAGUGAAGGUAAGUGGUGCCCCUUCAAUAUCUGUUCAUUGUUCCUUUGCAGGCUCUUGACACUGUUCCUAGACUCAACUGUGACUGAGAAUAACAUUUGAACUCUUACACUUCACCUGCUCAGUUUACUCCAUGAUAUACAAUGUUCUGCUCUGUGUCUCCUGGGCUGGGCUAAGUCAAGUUGUGAGUCGCUGAUUUCAUUCUCAAUAACAGGACUUGUUCUCGUGUCUCCCAAGUUGCAGCUUUGAAAACAUUUGUCUCAGUGCCAGAAAUACCGACCAGAGAGAUGUGUGUCAAGCCGUCAUGAGGUGACGAGGAAAAUGCACGGAUGAUAUGCUA